AUGGUAAGAGCUCCUUGUUGUGAAAAGAUGGGAUUGAAGAGAGGUCCUUGGUCUCUUGAAGAAGAUCAAAUCCUCAUUUCUUACAUCCAAAAACAUGGUCAUGGAAACUGGCGUGCCCUCCCAAAACUUGCAGGCUUGUUAAGAUGUGGGAAGAGUUGUAGACUUCGUUGGAUUAACUAUUUGAGACCUGAUAUCAAGAGAGGAAAUUUCACAAAUGAAGAAGAAGAAAAUAUCAUUAAGCUUCAUGAAAUGCUUGGGAACAGAUGGUCAGCGAUUGCGGCAAAAUUACCGGGAAGAACAGACAACGAAAUAAAAAAUGUGUGGCACACACAUUUGAAGAAGAAGCUAAACAAAACAAGCUCAGAGUUAUCUAACAAAAGGGUGAUCUCAAAACAAAAAAUCAAACGCUCUGAUUCAAAUUCAAGCACAGUAACUGAAUCAGAAUCAGUAUCUGCAUGCACUACUAGUUCUAGUGAUGAUUUUUCAUCCGUUGGUAAAAGAAAAGAUGUAAUAAAAAGUGAAGACAUUGAGUCUAUGGAAGAACCAAUGCCAGAAAUCGACGAGAGUUUUUGGUCAGAAGCAGCAGCAUUGGAUGAAACUUCAACUGAUAUGCCAUCAACAAUCUCUAAUGAGAUAAUGCCACUUCAAUACCCUUCUAACUGUGGUGCUGAAAUUUUUCCACAAGAGAGUAAUGUUGAUUAUAAUUCUAACUUAGACGAUGGCAUGGAUUUUUGGUAUGACAUAUUUAUUAGGACCGGAGAUCAAAUCGAAUUGCCCGAAUUCUGA